AUGAAGGUUUCUCACAUCAGCGUGGCCAUGUGGCUCAUGACCGGGUCGCAGUACGCCAGCGCUGCACCCACCUCCGAGCUGCUUGAUGUCUUGCAGAGCGGAGGGUAUCAGGGCCUUCGUGCUAGAGACCUCUCUGCGCUUCUUCAGAGUCUUACCAACGGGUUGGGCAUCGAAGCGGUACAGGGAGCUCUCGCGGGCCAGGGGCAAAAUGAAGAGGCUGCCGAGAGUGGUCAAGCUGCUGAGGGGGGUCAAGCUGCUGAGGGGGGUCAAGCUGCAGAAGGUGGAGAGGCUGCUAAGGGUGGUGAGGCAGCAGAGGGCGACCAAGCAGCAGAGGGCGGAGAGGCUGCUGAGGGCGGCGAGGCUGCAGAGGGCGAGGCAGGAGAAGCCAGUAAGUCCACCACAUACCGCCACACACAAUCUCAAAGCUCACAAGUCAUAGAUGAAGUCGAGCUCGCUGGCACAUUUGACACAGCGGUCGCGCUCGAGGGCGGCGACAUCAAGCAAGACGUGCUCUUCACCAAGAGCACGGUCGGUUCCUUCGAAUUCGAAUUCCAGAGCGCCGCCGCAGACACGCUCACCGUGACGGAGAACACAACUCCCGGAGCGCCGCCCGCAGGUUUCGAACUCCUCGAGACAAGUUCGUACCAGGUCGCACUUGCUACGAGCAAGGGUGCAGGCUUGACACUAUCCAAAAUCGACUUCGUCUUCGACGCUGCUAGUGCAGGGCUCCAAGGCAAAGACGUCACGCAAGCACAGGUCGGAAAGCUCUGCGCUGAUAGCGGGGCAUUCGUGAUCUCUGAGACAUUGGGAGAGCUGGAAUUUGAAGCCGAGGAGAACGAGGUUACACUGAAUUUGAACAAGAACGUCACAGCUGAGGGAGAGUGGGGUAUCUUCAUUCCAGUUGCGGCUGAAGGAGCUGCUGCUGGCAACGAAACUGCUAUUGGCGAGGAGGCUGCUGCUGGCAACGGAACCGCUGUUGGCGAGGAGGCUGCAGCUGGUAACGGAACCGCCGCUGGUGAGGAGGCCGCUGCUGGCGAAGAAACUGCUCAAGAAGGCCAAUCUGCCAAAGAGGGUGCUGCUGCUGGCGAAGCUACUGAAGGCAAACAAGCAGCCGCCGGCGGAGAGGCUGCGACUGGAGAGACUUCUGAAGAAGGCCAAUCUGCCAAAGAGGGCGCAGCCGCUGCCGAAAGUGAAACCGCUGCCAGCGAAGAGGAGACAGCUGGCAGUAGCCAGAAGCAAACGAACGCCGCCACCGCCGAACACGAGUAG